ACGAGACCGAGUCCGGGCCGUCGCCCAAGACGCAGCGCAAGACGUCACACGACCGGCGCGGGUCGCAGAACCUGCUGCAGUCGGCCGGCAUCGGCAUCGAGAAGCGACGCCGCUCCAGCACCGGCCAGUACCGUAUCGAGAACAACCAGGUUGUUUACGAGACCGACAAUGGAGAGACGGAGCGAAUGGAGAUCGUCAAAAUACACGAGAAGCACGGCAGCUUUCGCAAGGCCAUCCCCUAUAUGCCUAUGCCGGUGGCCAUAACGCUUUGCGUGUUGAACGUGAUAGCACCCAGCAUCGGCACAUUCCUGUCGGGCCUGAUGUGCUUCUGCUUCGGCCCGAGCGAGUACCCGAGCCGCGGCCAGACGCUGGCCUGGUCCACGCUGGCCGGCCUGCUGCAGCUCAUCACGCUGCCCAUCAUAGUCGGCUGGAUCUGGAGCAUCAUGUGGGGCGUCGCCUUCGUCCAGGACUCCAUGGCCAAGUCCAUAAAAGACCACGACGACCAGAGGUCGGAUCAGGUGUGAGUGACCGGGCGCCGGGCACCACCUGCGUUGAGCCCGACCGGCAGUGGGUGGGCCGGGGUUGUCCACCAGCGGCGCCCCGCCGGGCGGCAGGCGGCGCGUCUCGCUCGCGCGGCCUCUCGUCUCUCCCGAAGCCGUCGCUGCGGCCGGCCGAUUGUCCGCCAAGGUCUCGUGGCGGCCGUGUUCCGGCGCACCCCGGCCGCUCGGGCCCGGCCCGCUCGCGGCCGCGGCCGGCUGGCGAGGCGGCGGUGAAGCGCACAGCCGGCAACGUAACUGGUGACGUCACUGUUGAUGCCAUGGCUGGUGAGGCGGCGGUGAAGCGCACAACCGGCAAUGUAACUGGUGACGUCACUGGUGAUGUCACGGCAGGGAGGCGCGCUGGUGUGGAAGUGGCGAUGUGGCGGCGCUUGACGGCAGUGAUUGGACUGAUGACGCGGCGUUGGAUCGAUGCACUGGUGUGACGGGAUAACGCAACGGCAGUGUGGUGCAAUGACGUCAUUACGUGACUGGCUCGCUGCAUCGAUGGCGGAAAACGGUGGCUCAGCUGACUGUUGCGGCUAUGUGACCGGAUGGCACGACGCCUGUUAAGCGCGCUGCUGUGACCGACAGACGUUUGUCCUGUUCGAGCCCACGCCAGCUGCGUGAGGGCGUCUUGCUGAUAAAGGUCUGACCUCCGACCCACGGGAGGGUCAUCGGAGACCGCCAGCCGUCAAAAGGCGAGCGUGUCGGCGGGGUUCAACGGGCGCUGGCCGCCGUUUGCCGUGCCCCCGGUCCCGCUGUUUGCUUGAGUCGCACUGAGCGUGCCCACAGCCCGGCCUCUGACAAGUCGUGCCUUUCGUGGCUUGGCUUGCACAUGGCGCCUUCAGAAUCUGCUGUGAUAUCGGCGCGGGCUACCCGGAACCCCCCGAUUUCUCUAAAACAUCCGUCUUUCGUUUACCCCAACCCCAAUGAACCCAGUUUUUCGGGUGUCCGACACUGCCCUGGACCGCACGUGUCAUUUUUUCCAGUUUACGUAUAGCGACACACACUCCGGUGUUCAACGCAUACGACAAUCGCCUGCAUAUCUGAAAUACUCCGACUGCCGAGGCUGCAUACCUGAGCACGCGUGUUUUCAACUGCCGGGCUUUGAGUCGCUUUGUCGGUGAAUUAGUCAUGAAGGCAUCACGACCGGCGUACGAAUGUGACGCAUGCAUAGAUGAGGCAUGUGAAUGUUAGCUGUUUAUACGUGUACGAACGGCGGUGUGAACGGGUGUCAAGCUUUGUGCACACUGACUUGACCAGCGGCAUCCGAGCGGCAUAUCCUUGUGUUCAUUGUUUGUCUCCCCAUCAUUGUGUUGACGCAUUUCAUCGUGGCUUAAUACAACUUGCAAACGAUC